AGCAAUAUAUGAAGGACAAGCCUGUAAAAUUUGGCGUCAAGAUGUGGAUGGCUGCCGACUCCAUUACAGCCUACUGUUGGAACUUUGAUGUUUACGUUGGCAAACGGGCUACUCAGAUCAACCAGGUGUUUGGACUGAGCGCACAGGUGGUCAUCGACCUAACGAAGGACCUGGCUUGGAAGGGUUACACCAUUUAUACCGACAACUUCUACACCAGUCCUAAACUUGCCCACUUCCUGGCCUCCAAGGAAAUCUACACCUGCGAGACAGUGAGGACCAAUAGGCACGGUUAUCCACAGGAACUGGUGAAGACACAAGCCGAGGCACGACAGCUACCACGGGGCCAAUUUGACUGGAUGCAGUUUGGAAGUUUAGUAGCUACCUCAUAGAAAGACAAUAAAAUGGUGUACUUUCUGUCUACUGCCCACAUGCCAGAACUGGAUCAGCUUACUACCUCAAGAAAAAAUAAAGAUGGGACGAUACAGCGUCUACCAUCAACUCUGUGUGUCGAGAAAUAUGGAAGAUACAUGGGUGGUAUCGACCGUAACGACCAAAUGAUGAGGCUUAACAAAUCCAAAAAGAGCAUGCGGUGGUAUCGUAAAAUUGAGCGCAAAUUGUUGGAACUUUCAGUUUACAAUGCAUACAUCAUAGAAGGAACGAUCAGAGACCAGAAGGUUCCAGGAAAAAGGAAACGUGACAUGAUGUCCUUCAAAUUGGAUCUGGCACAUGCGCUUGUGGGAACCUCACGACUGCGAAAGAGAUCCGCUGGGCGAAGUCGGUCAGAAAACUCAGAAAAUAUUCUUCGCCUGGACAACAUCUCCCACCUGCCAGCAAUCGGUGAAGGAAAAGACCAUGUUUGCGUUGUGUGCAAUGAGAGGCACAAUAGGUACAAGUGGAAGCAUCCAGAAGCUACCUAUAGUGAAAAUCCUUUCAAGAGGUGCAAAACAACAAUCAAGUGCAGCAAGUGUGAUAAGUAUUUGUGCUGCAACACUAAAAACAUGUGUUUCACAGACUUCCACACACUGGUGAAUUUGUAGUCCAGUGAUACUGACAUAUCUUAUGGAAAGACACACCUGUACAGGUGCAAAACUCACCUGUUAUUAUAUUACCUGGUGAGAUGGACACAUGUCAUUAGUAUAAAUACUUUCAGGCAUUUUAAUACAGUGUAUAUUGUGUACAGAAACAUGUUGUGUUGACAACCAUGAUGUGUUCAACAAUGAUGCUUAUUUGAGUAUUAUAAAUGAAUUAAAUGUAAGCAACUGCUAUUUUACCUGUGUACUUAAUUAAUCCUUUAAAGCUAUAAAUUCAAGGUUUUAAACAAGGACACUUAU